CUUUGCCAAGUGUUGUACAUGUACCGAGUGUGGUGGUGCGGAGAUUUGACACUGUCACGAUUCGUGAUUCAUGUAUUUCUCCACUAUCCUCAUCUUUUGGUAGAGAUAGAGUAAUUUUUUUUGUACACAAGAAUGAGUCUUUGACGAUACGCUUCUCCGACAAUUUUCGAGAAGCAGGCAGGCGUAACUCGUUCAACUCGGCCAACUUCACGAUCGACGUGUUCCAAUUUCCAUCACUUGUUUUUCCACCGGAAUCGCUCAGUCUUCAUGUAGAAUUCUGUAUUGUACGAAAGAAAUUACUGGACAGGACGCCAUUUGACUUGUAUAAUGAGAGUUUUUUCGACAAGUUGCAGAUUUUUGCUGUGGUUUCUACUCGCACAAGAAAGAUCUCAAUUCCUUCAUUCUCUUUAACCUUGAAGUUGACGGACAGCGAUUCUGCACAACUCACGGCGUGUGACUGAAACCUGUGAAGGGUGCGCGCUUGCAGAUUUCGAGUCGUGCUGCCGGAAUUUCGUGUGGUCACUUUUUUAUCCUGAAAGCAAAUAGCUUUUGUCAGCUUUAAUCCUACUGUUCAACACCUGACUUGAAGUGUUUUGUGAGGUAUUGUGUGUAGUUCUUCCAUGGCUAGCAGGUGCCUCAGACUAGAGUCCCCUGCUGUGUUACUCCAUUGUUAAAAUGCGCCAACUUUUUCGUACAGUAGUGUCAUCAAAGCAUACAAAUACUGUUUGAGGAUAUCUUGGCUUUAAUCAGUUUUCCAGUAUUUCAGUACUUUUUACUGCUGCAUCCAUGACACUUUGCUUGCCAGUGGUUUCAUGAUUGUAAUUUUUGUUAAGAGAUCAUCAUGAGUAUAGCUGGGCAUAAAAGGGAUGUCCUGGUUACCAGCUCUCUAUCCCGUGUGGAUAGUGGGUGUGAUCGUGGAUCUCUCACCUCAAAGAGGGGUGAAGAGGGAGACUCAACUCUGCCCUUUUACAUGGGAGACAUGGGUAGCAGUCUUCCCAACAUGUCCAAAACCUCCAAGACUUUAAGUAGAUCCUCGGAUUCACAGAGUUCUAGUUUUUACAAUUCUCCGGACAUGAGCCCCAAGACUGAUCAGGUUUUUAAAUUUGACCUCAUCGGACCUGGCUCCAAAAAGAUUGGCUAUACUGUAUGCACGAGCUCUAGCACAAGUAAGCUGUUGCAGCGACCUAAGCCCAAGCCUGUCGUGAGUUUGUCGGGGGAUUCUUCACCAACUGGACCCCAUAAAUUUCUCCGCGAGUCUCGCAGUCUGGAUCGCGAGGAUGAAACGGACCGGUUUCCUGAACCCCGUCGAUUGCAACGUCAAGAGACCUUUGAUUCCUCUGCAAGCAGUGUGCAAGCCCUCCAAGACAAAAUAACCAAUAAUAAUUUAAUUGGCAGGCCCCCCCUGCGCACUGCAAGGUCAUUUGAUUUCGGUUACCAGAGUGCAAAUGGUGGGGACUCGCAGAACAGUUUACAGCCCCCGAGCGGUAGUGACUCGCUGCAAGUGAUAAAUACUGCCAAAGUAGCUCCAUCGCCAGCAACUAAACGUAGGAUAAACUACUUUCAGAAACUUGCAUCAAGUGUUUUGUCUGGUAGUCGUUCAUCAUCAUCGGGACCUUCCAGUCCACGAGAACGCAAGUCCACCAGUGGGUCAGGGGAGUCUCUAUCAGGUCUGCCUAGCAGCCCUGAUCACACCAGUAGUGAUGAAGGGGGUUUCACUGAUGCCUUUUCCCCGCCUUCUUCUCCUACAGUUAUGCACAAAGGCCGGCAGAGUAGCUCGCCGAGUAGUAAGUUCAUGCCAAAGAAGAUUUGGCGGACCAAAUCCAAGCCGCAGUCCAGCUCACCUACUGUCACCACACUCUGGAAUCCAGAGGGGAACUGCAGAUGGCACAGCGUGAGCGGUCGGACGGUAACCUUGACGACGACAGCAUUGAUGCAGUUAUCGGAGCUGGAGAGGCGACAGCUUCAGAAGGUUGCUCACCAGAGGUUGCAAAACAUGCAUCUCGGACCAAUCAUUGUACCCAAAGAUCCACUCACCAAACGGCCAAAGAAAGGGAGUUUCCUAAGAGGACGACAUAGGAAUAACAGUGUACUGGAUAGCUUGAAGGACCUUGGUAAAGAAGGAAAAGAGUCAUCUACUCCGUUAGUCUUUGGCAUCCCAUUAGAGAAGUGCAUCGGCAAUGAAAAAGCUCUAAGACGUUAUCACUCAACAAGACGGAAAGAGAGACGGGAGAGUCUAGACCUGGCGCAGUCACCGUUGCUGGCUAGGCAACAAGGAAAACAAGUCAAGGGUUCAGUUGAGGACAUCCCAAGUUUAGCACAAUCUUCCUCUGGCUCAACUUCCUCCACGUCUACCUCCCUCCUUGAUGCCCUGUCUCUCUCCACAAGCACCGAGGUGGAUGUCCAGCGCAGAGAGAGACGUAACAGCUUACUCCCUCAAGAACCCAAAGUACCUCAAGUGGUCCAGGCUUGCUUCGGUCAUCUAGAAAAAAGAGCCCUGCAUAUUUUGGGCAUUUUCAGAGUGGGUGGCUCCAAGAAACGAACUAGACAGUUACGUGAGGACUUCGACGCUGGUAAUGAGAUAAUUUUGAAUGAUUCUCACAAUCCUCAUGAUGUGGGAGCACUAUUGAAGGAGUUUUUCCGUGACCUUCCAGAACCUCUCUUGACCCGUGAACUUUACCCUGCUUUUGUAGCCUGCACAAGAUUAGAGAAUUUUGAGCAGAGGUUGAGAGCACUACAGCUUUUAGUCUACCUGCUGCCUACAGCCAAUAGAGACACCUUGAAUGCUCUGCUAGGAUUUCUAAAUAGGGUCUCCAAGAAUGCUGCCGAUACUGUGGAUGAUGAUGGAAAUGAAAUACAGGGAAACAAGAUGGACACUCAUAACCUUGCCACCCUCUUUGGUCCCAACAUUCUACGGAAGACUAAAGGGGGACAGGACAGGGAUGCCCACGGAGGUCAAGAAGCCUCGGAACAGGUGGAGGAAAGUAGAGAGGUGAUCAGUGUGGUACAGAUCAUGACUGAACACAUGGAAGCCAUCUUUCAGGUACCGGCUGAGAUUCAAGAUAGCGUGUUGAAGAUCACAUAUGAGACAGACCCUGAAGCUUUAGACUACCUCCUGACCAAGAGAGCAGUAGCACUAGGCUGCGUUGAUCCUGCUGAGAUGGAGGCUACUUUCAAUGAGGAUAUUGACUCGCCGCAUUCCUCGUCACCUCCUUGUACUCCUGAGGAGAUUCUCAUGCCAUUCCAUGCUCUUCAUGGUCAUGAACAUCGUCUCUUCAGUUCCCCAGAUGACCUCUACGCCUGCCGCAACAAAUCGGACUUCACCGACGAGAGCUUAGGUCAUGUGACCAGAGAACAGAUGCUGCAACAGUCCAAGCAGAAAUCGUUGUCGCUGCCUCGUGCUGCACCGGUCAUUGACAGUCGAUUUCCCAGCAGUCCAAAGAUUGCCAGGACAGGUUGUGAAGAUCGCUCUGUGAGUGGUCAGCAGGAACGCAGUACUAAGACCAAGCGAGGGCGACACAGCAGCGAAAACCAGGAUGAGAGCAAUCAGUGGGGAGGGGAGUCCUCCCCUACGUCCACAAUAACCCCACCCACGAGACUGGUGCGAGGAAUCUCCAAUGAGAAGCAGAUAUUCUCACCUCUAUCUCCCCAUUCCCCACGCCGUAUAUCAGGGGGUCCUGUCUCACCACUUGUUGGUCACCCCCCUGAAAGACAGUUCAGCUCACCUGCCAAUAUGGACAGCGGAACGCUAUCACCAAACCUAGAGAUAUCCUACCAGUCUAAAAGUCCACGGACGGUACGCAAGCAUGCUUCAGAUCUCCUACCCUCACCAUGGAAACUUGGUGAUGAUGCCUCAGAUCAGGUAUGGCUGCCAGUGGACAACAGACGAACACAGAGUGUGUCAGACUGUAUCAAGCCAACUAGACCCUGUGUAAUCUCGCCUAGUUUACAGCGGCGGGGUCCACCUAAAUCCCCACAGCCAAGGAUAGCCAAGGUACCCAUUGCUGCUAUGGAGGAAGAUUUUGAUAUGGACUUACCCUUAGAGACAGCUAGCACCAGUCCAACUAGCCCAGAGAGGGAUGACAAACAAUGGCAAGGCAAGUGGAAACUCAAAGACGGGCAGGAGACAUUAGUCUGAACAAGAAAAACUUUCUCGCAAAAAAUUGACUUGUCGAACGGAAUGAAUUAACCGAUUUUUUAAAUGUGACACUUUUACACAUUGUGUCGACUGAUGAAGAUAUGAGACAUUGGCCAAAACAUGGCUGACACAGACAGGCAAUAUCACCGAAGGAAUUUUCACUUAUUUAAUACUAACGCUGUUGUGUGCUGCCAGCAUAUCGUAAAACUUUCAUGGUCUCAUUUCACAGAUUCAUUUAAAUAACGAAUUGAAGCAUUCUGAUCUAAAAUUCAUUGAUUGGGUUUUCAUGCCAAAAAUGUAGCAAGUUACGAGGUCACAUUUUAGUCAGCAUUUCCAGUUUCUUUUGGUCAGUGUAUAUACCAGGUCAUGACCAAGACUUAAUACAGAUAGGUGUAUUUGGAAUAACUAACUUGUGAAAGUCAUGCUCUGUAAAUUAGUUAAAUUACACAUGGAAUCCAACUUAACUGUCCCAGAGAAAAAGGAUGAAACCAAUAUUUUCCGUGAAAUAAUUUUGAUUGUAAACAGCUUGAAAGCAUUAGUCCUGCUUAGCGGCAGAUACAAUCUGCUUCAGACUUCCGCAUUCUGCAGCUUCAUUUGUUGCAAGGCCUAUAUCCCAUAAUGCACCAGCUCCUCAGAGAACUUUAAGUGUAAUGUUUUUCCCAGUCUCUGAGUGUUGACACGUCUAUUUCUUUGACUUGAUGCAAUUGGAAGUCAAAGAUAUACAUGUUUAUGACAGUUUCAAGACACAAUUUGUGAAUGGAUAAAUACGAACCUGUUUCACAGGAUUUCAAAUACUCUCUUUUACCAAGAAUCGUUCAUUAUCCAAAUUUCCAUUUUCAAAAAAUCUGUUGCAAGAUUUUCAGGAAUUUUCACCCAGUCAUGUUUGUUGGAGUUCAUUUGAUAGCUUUGGUUCUUCAAAAUGUUGCCUUGUGAUCAGAGAACCUUGGCUUUUUCAUGUAUAAUACACGUAUCUGUAUGUUGUGAUAUGUAAACAAAGUGAUGUUGUGAAAGCAUUACAUUUCAGCACUGAACAGUUUUUCAGCAGUAUUAAGCUUUACUGACAAUUUAGCAUUUUAAAUGGGAGUAAGAUGACUCCUAGCAUUUUCGUAGGAAGUGUUUGGAGUAAGCAUACAUGUACAUGCAUGUCCAGCAGCUGAUGUCACAGUUUCAGACGAGCUUGAAAUAUUUUCUGGAAAGAGUUUAGCUUAGCAAAAUAUGAAGUUUGGAAAACCAGCCAUGGGCUACUGUACCUGUCAUACGGUGAUGUUUAUGAUUGCUGGCUAUGAACUUGCUAAGCAGAGUUUGGGUCAGCAAACUUAUCUUGAACUGCACAGGAAUUAAGUAACAGGCAUUGUUACCUGUAUUUGCUAAGCAAAUAUUUUUCCUUACCAAGCUUGUUUGUUGUGCUUGGAUUCUUGCAUAUACUGAAUCCUUUAUGAAACUGCUGUUAGAGAGGUCUGGAUGUACAUGUAUGUCAAUGUGUAUUAAUCGCUUCCAGAAAGUUACGUAUACCAAUGCAAUGAAACAACAGGUAGUUGGAGAGGUGACAUCUCUUGCAUUAAUGCAAAAAAACAAAACAAAAAAAACAGGGUUCUGACAUUUUGCAAGAAAUGAAUUUGGAGCAAGUUUAGGUUUGUAGAAGGAUGUGAGCAUUCAUACUGGAUGAGCAAGAAUCUCAGGAGACUAACUUGAGAAUCAAACUUAUCAAUUCAGUAGUAACCAUUGAACUUCAGUUUUGAAAUGUGGCUUAGAAAAAAUGACCACUUCACUGGAAUGGCUAUGGUCCGAAUGAUUACCUUAACUAAUAUUGACUUUAACCCAUUGAGGUGAUUCAGUAAUGCAAGUUUUUGUGUGUUUCUGCAUUGAUGUGGCUAUUUGUCAAGGGUUAAUCAUUCGUUGAAUUCAUCUUAAAACAACAAAAUCAAAACCUUUGAAACGCGAACUUAAUAUACUCACUGACAGUGACUGGCUGUGUUGGCCGUGACACUAACUUUGUGACAUUAUGUCAACAAGUAACGCUUCUUAUUGCCUGUAUAUAUUGGUAAAUUGAGUCAUCGUUGGUUACAUUAUUACAAUUCUGUUUAUUAUCUUUGUAUAAAUUAUUAAAAAAUGUAUAAAAUAGAUCUAUAUAUAUAUCUUAAACAGAACAGUAACUAAGUAUUAUUGUUCUUGAGAACCAUUGUCAAUUAUAAUUGUUAUUGUGGUUGUAGAAUAUACCGUACAUAUCAACAUGUAUUGAUGUAAAGAAACUCUAGAUUUAAUCAACAAUCAAAUUUUCUUUAAUGAAUCAUUUUAAAGUAUUUGUAUCAUAUGGUUGGCUGUUGUAUCCAUGUGUACAUCAUGCAGCUUUACAAAAUGGAAUUUGGCCAAAUAAUAAGAGUAUAAGUUAAUAAAGGAAAACUCUAUAAGAACGAGCAUAUGAGAUAAUUUUUAACCCAUUAAGUGACAAUAAGACGUGCUUGAAAUCAGUAUCACUCUCCCGACAGACAAAAGGUAAACUUUUACAAUCAAACUGUUUUAGAUUACUGUUUUCCAGUCUUUCCAAAAGCAGGAUCCAGCAUUGUAUCAAGUUGUUUAUCAACAGAAAUUGAAAAACAUCUCUCAAACCACGUGAAAAUUCAGAGUCAUGUAAUUAUCUGAGGUAGCAGGUGUUUAUUUGAGAUGGAUGUGUGACAUACACGUCAAUGAUGUUAUUACUAGUGACAUAAUAGUUUGGCAAAUUCCUCCCGAAUGAACUCAUCUUUGGAGAGAUUGUUUGCAUAGUAUGAUGGAAACAUUUCAAACAGCAUUUGAUGAGCACCAGGUCUUUUUAGGUUUCUUGAAUUUAUGAACACAAUUCAUCCUGUUUUCUGUGAUUCACUGACAGAUAAAUUUUUAUCUUGAUACAACAUCAGAGCAGGAAUGAGUGGAGAUGCACAUAGGCACUAGAGUUUGCUUGGAAUACUUGUGAGGAUCAGACGUGGAAACUUUCAACAACCUUGGCUUUAUGAAGUCUGCAGUAACAUUGAAAUGUAGGUCAGUGACUUGUCACAUUACGCAGGAGGCAUUGGAUUUUGGUUUGAGGCAUCACCACUAACCUGUGCUGGGUACAAUUACAAGACCUAUGAAACUCAACACAUUGCCUCAUCCAAUUGUACAUUAUCUUUAGUUAGCAGAAUAUCGACAUCCAGUUUCCUGUAAACAAAUUCUGUCUGGAUAGCAUAGUCCUGUAUCUGACAUCACUAUGCUCGUGUAGGGUGUUUGAUUCUCACAGAUUUGGAAUGCCAGGCAAAGUCCCAGAUAGCUCCAUGAUGUACACAGUCUUAAGGUAGUGCUGUAUUGCAGUUGUGCAGUAACUGUCAAGUAGCCCAAACUCUGUAGGGAAUUUCAGGUUCCAAUCAAUGUUCUUAUUGUGUUUCAAUAGCACAUCAUGCCUGGUUGUCUUACUGUAAACUACACAUUCAGGUGGAUUUAGAUUGGAUGGGAAGAAGAGGAUUAUGGGAAGGAUAGCUGAGGUCUGAGAAUGAAUGCCCAACAGAGACUCUCACAUUUCCCACCUCAACCACUUUAACAAACUGGAAAUUACUGAAAAACCCACAAAGACUUCUAUUGAAUCACCCUGAUCUAUGAAUUAUAAAAACGAAAUUAAAGUGGAAUUUGUUCCCUGUGCCAGUCCCAUCAUAUUCCCUGGAGAAAAUGUUGAAUACCUCUUUUUUCUUUCAUUCUCUAAAUCCAUCCUGGAGGUUUAAUCUUUUACAAUAAUUGUGUUUCACACAAUUAGGGAAAGUCAACAGUACUUUUAUGUGAAUGUCAUAGCAGUGGAAUAUCACAUUUUUAGCCAAAAAAAUUGUUGAAUUGUGUGCUGGAAUAUGAUAUGUUUGCCGGUCAAACACUCAAAAUGCAGAUGAAAGGAGCUAAGUAGUCAUCAUAUGUACAUACAAAGGCAAGACAAUCAGUAAAUUUUGUAGACUAUAAUGGAGAAUGUUCACACAGAUUGUGACUUCUGCUUGGUGAUAUGAUAUGGAUUGUCGUGCUCUACUUUUCUUUCUAUUCAAGUCACUUAAAACGAGACAUGAGAGGUGCAUAUAAGGUUUUCUGGCUUGAAAAUUAGUCUUUCAGCUCUUGGUGAAAAACCAUGUAAGAUUGGCAUCAGUGACAUAAAUAUUUACAUAGUUGUAAAAUGUGCUUCUCAUUGAGCCAGCAGUGAUCUCAUGUAAACUUGACCUUUGACCUUAAAUUGAGGCUCAUUACCGCCAGGUAACUGGUAGGAAUAAUUCUAACAUGAGAAUACUUGAUUAAAAUAUCAGGGGUUAAAAUUUCAGAGUAUUUACAGAGUAGUUGAUAGUUAUUAAAUUGAAAUGAUUUUUUUUAAUUUUUAGUUGUGUAAAACCAAACCAAAUAGAUGAAUGUUAAGAUUCCAAGUAACACUCAACUGGUAUUAAUUGUGGCAAUUGAGAAAAAGCCUCGGCUAACAAAGAGAACUAUGGUCCAUUUCAAGCUGCAAGUAAACGUUCGAAAGCCUUCAGAAAGAUGACAUCUUUUUACUUUUAUUUCUACAAGGAAAUCUGUGUGAGUAUUUUAUCAAAAAUAAGAGCAAAGAAGAAUAUGCAUCAAAACAUUUAAUACCCAGAAAUGAAAGCCCUGAGUUGCUUUUUAGUUUCCCCUUUUUCAGGCUUUUUUGGAGAGGAGAGGCCAUGUCUGAAUGUAACAGUAAAAGGUCAAUGAAAUUUAGAACAUUCAUUUAUUAAAUUUCUUAGCCCUUCAUUCCCUUGUAUCCACAUCAAACAUCACUUCCUCAUGAUUUUCUUUAAAUCAGUACUUAAUUGUUGGCUUAAACCAACUCACAUGCAGUUGUAAGUGUCAAAACCACAAUUCGUCACCCCAUUAAUAUAGAAGUCAUUUCAACUGAUAUUGCUGAAAUUCACAAGCAUUUCUUGAUACAUAUGCGGUUAAUUUUUUUUCACAGUAAUUUACCUCGUGAUUAGUUUGUUGAUUUACAUGCCCGAUUGAUUACCUCCUGAGUGAAGAUAUGGAAAUAUAUAUAAUUCAGC